AUGGCUUCUCAACCCAUUUACAACCUGAGUUUCCACGGAUGUGCUCCACAUAUCCUUAACUAUCACAAGCCUGGAGAACCCGAGUCGAGUCACUUUCCUCUUCUUGGACCGCGGCCGGAUCACGAAUUUGAACCGCUACCCCCCCAGCGUUGGGCUGUUUACCUGGACGGAGACCUUGCUUCCGGGCUUCCUGGCCCGUACCAGAUGAUUCGGAGGGUGCAAGUUGACCGAGAACCAAGCAAAUACUACAUCUGUGAUGACGAUCUCAGCAAAAUCUUUUGGGCGAAGCAUCCUCGUUUCCCCUUAACGAUCCAUCAGCUGGCGUCUGGUCUUCAAAAGCUAUUAUUGUCACGCAUUUCGGAUCAAGAGGAAACCCUUGCCGCCAACCUACAGAGGGCCCAAGAUGACACCAGGAAGUAUCUUUUUGAAACGACCCGAAGUUUUGCCGGCAAGGAGGAGGAAAUCAAAUCGGCCUGGAAAAGUCGCACCGGGUCCAGUCGGCAGUUCUUCAGCGUGGUCCUAUCUUACCUGCAAUACAAUCCAGCUACCGUCUGGAUCGAUGAAACAGGAUCCAUUUCUCCUCAAGGUCGGAAAUAUAAAUCUCUUUAUCAUAUCUUCACCGUUGAGGAGAAUGGUAUUGAUUUCGACUUCAGCGCAUCUCAAGCCAAACGGACUCGUCGCUUCGUCAAAUGGGAGGAUAUGGACUUUCUUUCUAAGCUGGGGAUUCACUUUGAUGCCGAACGGUGCGGGAAGUACUGGCCACAUCGAAGCUUGUCUUUCCGAAAUGGUGAUCUCAGCUUCUGCGAAAGUAUCCCCAUCACACGAGCAAACAAACCCCGCAAAUGCAGAUAA